AUGGCCGAUUCAGCUAUUCCAACUGUUGAUCUCUCUCCUUUCUUCACAGAUGGUGAUGAAGAUGGAAAGAAGAAGGCCAAAGAAGUAAUUAGGCAAGCAUGCUCCGACUAUGGAUUCUUCCAAGUUGUCAACCAUGGUGUACCCCUCGCUCUGAUGAACCGAGCCAUGGAUCUCUCUAAGACGUUUUUUGCCUUCCCGGACGAGGAGAAGCUCAAGUGUGCUCCACCUGCGUCCGAUGCACCUGUCCCUGGCGGUUACAACAAGCAGCCGGAGCGAUCUCCGGACAAGAAUGAGUACGUGUUGAUGUUUCCACCAGGGUCCAGCUUCAAUGUCUUCCCCACAAACCCACCUGAAUUCCAGAAGAUAUUAGAAGAGAUGUUCACCUACUUCACCAACACAGCUCAACUUAUGGAGAUCAUUUUAAGUGACUGCUUAGGUCUCUCUCCCAACUUCCUCAAAGAAUACAAUGAAGAUCGAAGCUGGGAUUUAAUGGCGGCCAUGCAUUACUUUGCAGCAACAGACACUGAGAACACUGGUGUAUCCGAACAUGAAGAUCUAAAUCUUAUCUCCUUUGUGUUCCAGGAUGAAAUUGGAGGCCUAGAAGUUCAAAAAGAUGGACAAUGGAUUCCUGUUCCUCCGAUUCAAGACACAUUGAUUGUCAAUGUCAGUGAUGUUAUUCAGGUGCUAAGCAACAACAGAUUCAAGAGUGCGACUCACAGAGUGGUGAGAACAAAGGGAAGAAACCGCCAUUCCUUUGCCUUCUUCUACAACUUACAAGGAGACAAGUGGGUUGAACCACUGGCACAGUUCACCACAGAGAUUGGAGAGCCACCAAAGUACAGAGGAUUUGUGUACAAGGACUACCUAGCUUUGAGGAAGAGAAACCUGACCCACCCACCAUCUAAACGUGAAGAUUUUAUCAACAUCACCCACUAUUCCAUUUCUACCUAG